CUCGGAUGCUUCAGCAGCUCUCUGCUUCUCUCUGCACACAUCUUCCUCUUCUUCUUCUCUCCUCAUCUCUUCUUCUUCUUCUCUUCGUCCUGCCUUCAUCCUCCAGCCGCAGACGUCAGUGGAACGUUUCAAUCCCCUCUGAUAUCCAGGUUAAUCUGAUUAUGAAGAUAUCCUCUGAGACACCUCUUUGUCAAUGACGGCCAAGAUGGAGACUCCUUUCUACCACGACGACUCCCCCGCCGUCCCAGGCUUCAGCCAGGUUGCUGAAUAUGAGCGUUACCCCGGAAACAAGAUGCUGAUGAGUAAGAAGGCCAUGUCAGCAGUGGGGAGUCAUCACUUCCCCGGCGGUGGUGUGGCAGGAGGUAGAGGCGGGAACCACAGCAACCUGGGGCUUACCGGCAACACCUCCCUGAUGACGUCAGCAGUGUCCUCGGCAGACAUGAACCUACUGAAGCUGGCGUCCCCUGACUUGGAGCACCUGAUCAUCCAGUCAAACCAGGGACUGGUUACCACCAGCCCUGUGUCAAACUCCACCAAUGCUUUCCUGUACCGAAACCAGGCCACCAACGAGCAAGAAGGGUUUGCGGAUGGUUUUGUCAAAGCGCUCGCCGACCUUCACAAGCAAAACCAGCUGGUGGGAGGUGGCCCCAUGUCCCCGUCCUCAUCCUCCACCGUUUCACUGCAGACGUCCUACCAGAGGAACCUGAUGUCUGGUGGAGACAUGCCCGUCUACACCAACCUCAGCAGCUACAACCCAGGCCAGAUGACAUACCCCGGGGGGCAAAUGGCAUACGGUAGCAGCUCUAGCCAUGGCAACAGUGGAGCCUCUCAACCCCACGCCCGAGGCCUGGAUGCUCCACAGACCGUCCCAGAGGUGCCUCACCCAUCUGGUGACCCCACAUCCCCGCCCUCCCUUUCCCCAAUUGACCUGGAGACACAGGAGCGGAUCAAAGCAGAGCGCAAAAAGCUACGCAACCGCAUUGCUGCGUCCAAGUGCCGCAAGCGGAAGCUGGAGCGAAUCUCGCGGUUGGAGGAGAAGGUCAAGGUCCUGAAGAACCAGAACUCGGACCUGGCCUCCACCGCUGCCAUGCUGCGGGAGCAGGUCGCGCAGCUCAAACAGAAGGUCAUGAGUCAUGUUACCAAUGGCUGUCAGAUUGCCGUCGGCUCAGGUGCCGCCAAGUCUGGAGGAGGAGGGGGAGGCACCGGCAGCGAGGACUCCAGCUGCUGAGGAGAGGUGGACACCCGCAAAAUGAGCACAAGCUGAGGCACCGAGGGUUUACUUUGACGAUUUUGCCAUUUUGCUCGCACCCUCAGUUGGAGCGAGCAGAGAGAGAGGCGUCAGGACAGACGGAUGCUUAACAGGAUCCGUGUAGCCCCGUAAACCGCUGUCUGUCAUCCAGUCACAGGGGGCGGAGCUUAGAGGAGAAAGAGGAGACAGAGGAAGGGAUAAAUCCCUGUCAAGAGCAAAAUUCAAAUUUGACAAUUUGAAUUUUGAUGUCGAUUUUUUUUUCAGAGGAGAUGGUGGCAAAUUAAAUCUAAAGCGACGAAAAGGUGAUUUCAGUUUACUGACUGAUGUCAUUCCAUCUCAGCAAAUAAAAACAGUGGAAUUUGUUUUCCAUCACUGACUUUUUGGGGGAUUAUGAUAAAAACAUUGUUUGAAUAUUUGACAUGUUAAAAUGAAUUUUUUUUACAGUGUGAAGAUGAGCUUUUAUUUUGAAACAGAGUUGCGAAGAUUGCUGAUAAGGAGCAAAUGCUCAAAUAAUAAAUACUGAUGUAAUUCGUAUUUAAAAAACAGUGUCAAGUAAUCAGAUUACUUUAAUUACAGAGAGGGGACUGCAAUUUGAAUUUUCUUUUCAUAAUUUACAAUAAUCAGUUAUCAAAAGAGUGGCAAGGAGACAGUCUGUUACUGUUUUUACUACAGUCCCACGGUGUGCUCUCACAGCUAUGGGACCAACACUCCAUAUCUUUGUUUUUACAGUAACUCUUCAUGGUUACUGUAAUAGAUGUAUGUAAUCUGAUUACUAAUUACUAACAGAUGUGGUUGGUAAUAAUCCAGUGACUGUUUUGAACUGUGUUUCUGUGUUUUCUUCAUCUGUUAUUGCUGGAAGUUAAAAAACAAAACAAAACAAAAACCUUUAAGCUGCGUUUUGAUUGAUCAGAAAAGUUUGUUGUUUUUCGAGCUGGCUGGUUGUUUGUUUUUGUUUUUUUGGUGUUAUUGUUGGACGGUGGAAAUGGUCCUCACAUUUUCUGGAUCUUUUAAGAAUCAGGAUUGAAGGGAAUGCUUAACUUAAGACCUGUCAGUCAAGAGGUCUGUAUAUGGUUUGAAUAUCUCAGUUUGAUUUAACUUUUCAAUUAGUGGAGUAAAAUCCUGAUAUGGAGGGAGAACUUCACUUUCACAGCUGUUUUUGUUUAAAGGAAGUUGACAUGUAUUUGACUGAUUGUUUACACUGAUAUUUUCUGCAACAACAGAAAUAUUACUGACAUGAAAAAUGUCAGAUAACCUUAACUUCUUUAUUCUAAUUUCAUAACAGUAUGGUGGAUAAGAUAUGACUGUUGAAUAUUUAUCAUUUUGAUAAUUAGUUUGCAAUUUUUAAUGGAAGGCCAUUUCUGCCAGAAAAAGACAAAAAAGUAUGGCAUGAUGAAAGUGAAAAUGCUCUUGUAUAAUCUCAUUUAGCAUAAUUUGACCUGCUAUGUUGACAUACUCAACUCAUUUUUGAUAAUUUGAUUGAAAUCCUCAGAAUUUUAAUCUUUAUUGCAUAAUUUUGACUUGUUAUGUCUAACUAUGUUGUUGUUCAGUCCCGAAGGCCCAAUUUUUAAUCCUUAAUGUAAACAAAAUGUAUAUGAAGGAUAAUCCACUUCUAGCUGCAGUUUCUUAGGUCCUGAAGAAGCUAGCAGAGGUCCUUAAAGAAGUUGAGGAGGACCUCAGGGAGACUGUAGAGGUACUUAAGGGGUUUCCUGAGCUAUCUGAGAAGGUAGUAGAAGGAUAGGUUCCUGAGGUCCUUGAAUAUGUUGUAUAGGUAUCUAGAGCUGCUUUUGCACUGCACAAAACACCCUCUAAAACCUGCUAUUAUCUGGCACUUUAAGGUAACAAUCUGUAUUCGCACCCACGUCAAUUGACUCUACACAGGUAUGUACUGAUUUUAGCCCCUUUAUCAGCGAGAUGCAAUGAAGCACAUGUGCGAAAUACCAUCCAUCUCUGUCAAUAAUUGUCAAUAAUCAAAAGUUUGCAUCAAAUUUGAAUUUGAAAGACUGAAUAAGUAAUAGAUAUAUGAAGAGAAGUAACCAGCUUAAGUUUUCACAGGCCUCUGUGCUGCUUUCAACUUGUUAUUAAUCUGUUCUCCAGCCUGUCUGUGAUGCUGAACGUGAAACACGAAAAAAAAAAAAAAAACAACACACACUCAUAGAGAGGCACACCCAUCUGCUGCAGAGCUGUGUACACAGCUCUAUUCUACUGGCAAUGUAAAAGCAGUCUAAAGCCUUUAUUUAGUGAGUUAAACUGUACUUUAGGAAAACUGCAUUUGGAAGAGGAGUAAAGGAGGACCU